UGUUUAUUAUAGUAGAUAGUAGAACUGCAUUGAACGUCACGUUAACAAAUUCCAAAGCCUUUUGAAAAUUAACCUAAAUAAGGACAGUAAAAAAUGUGGCUGGCAGGACGUCUGUUGGUUGGAUCCACAAACUUCAGAUUCGCUCGGUUUUUGCACCUUAAACGCAAGGAGGUGUAUAUGGAAUGCUUCCGCAUCCUGGGCGUGCACGAGUCGGCCGACCAGAACACCGUGCGCCACGCCUACUUGGAUCUGGUCAAGCGGGUGCAUCCCGAUUCUGGUACCGAGGAGGCCAGUGCCGAGCGCUUCCAGCAGGUGGACCAGGCCUUUCGGGUGCUGCAGGAGAAGUUCGCCAAAGGAAGACGCAAUAUCCAGGAGGACGAGGAGGAGGCCAUGGAGUUCGACAUCAAGCACACGGCGCCGCAGCAUCGGCAAUAUCUAUCCAACGAAGGCAUCGGCAUGGGGAAUCCCUUCCAGCGCCAGAAGCAGUACCAGCAGGUGCGUGCCAUGAAGGCUCAGGAACGCGUCCUGGAGCACCGCAUCGACAAGGCCGCUGCCGGAGAGAAAACGUUGAUGUCCAAGGGCGGCAAUCACUUUCGCAGACAUGCCAUCAAGACCAAGUACGGCAUCGAUCGGGUGGUCGAGGAUCUCAUCCAGGAGGCCAUGUCCAAGGGUGACUUUAACAACCUCAACGGGUCAGGAAAGCCACUGUCCGCGGCUCAAUCGCAGAAUCCCUAUCUGGACUUUACCACUCAUAAGCUGAACAAGAUCAUGUUGGACAAUGGCUUCACGCCGGAGUGGAUCAGCCUUGGAAAGGAUAUACGCGAUGCGGUCGCUCAGCUAAAGAUGAAGUUGCGGAAGGAACGCAUAUACUACGGGGAAUGGCCACUUCAGCGCCCCGAAGAUUUGGCCGCCUGGCAAACCUUCACCCACCAGCAACAGGAGGAUGUCAAGCAGCUAAACAAGCUCAUUGACAAGUACAAUCUGAUAGUUCCCAUCCUGGAGAAUCAAUUCUUUCGCCUGAACCUCGAUAGAAUGGCAGAGCCUAUAUUCAAGGAUCCGGAAUUGCAGCGUAACGUAAUCAGACCCGAAGUGAGUGCUAAAGCCAAAAGUAAUAUCGAGGAUCAGGGGAGUUCUAGUACCAGUCUCUUUUCCCUAAUUAACAAACUAUUGUAAAGGAAAAUGUGUGAUCGUCGAAAUGUGAUAUUAGAAGUAGAUAAAUGUGUAAAAAAAAGAAUGGUACAAAAAUAUUUUGCAAUUGGUUAUGCUAUCCGAUUUGUGUUUUAAAAAUAAAAGAAUGAAUAUAACGUAUAAAGUCAAGUACCCGAUCAAAUUAUUCUUAUUAUAUAUUCAAGGUUCCAAACCAGAUUUAAUGGGAAAUAUCUUUUUUUAAAGUUUUUGUUUAAAGAAAGAUAUCGGGCUCUUUUCGAAUACAUUAAAAACAAAAAGCAAAUCUGUGUGUUGUGUAAAUAAUAGUUAUUAUUUUUAUAAAACAUAUGCAGCCUUAACAUAAAAAAACUAUUGUUAAUCUUAUUACAGUCGAAUAUCUAUAAAAGUUCGAGGUUGUUAAAACUAAUUCGACUUGAAAAGUAAAAGUAGGAGAAUUAAAUUCAUCCGUGUGAUUUCCAUUAAAUUUGUCGGUCUCGAUUAGCAGGCA